AUGAUUUAAUAUCCUGAUCUUGAUAAACCUGUUAACAAUUACAAGUAAGAAUUCAAAUUACUAAGUUAUCCUCCUCCUGAUGAAAAUAUUUAAGCAAUAUAAAUAGGAUAGCCAAUACAUGCAAAUUAAUGGUAGGGUAAUUAAGUGAAUUGGGUUCCUUAAGGUAAUGUUCCAUAAUAUAUCCCUGCAAUUCCCAAUACUCAUUAUCCAAGUUCAUUAUAAUAAAGAAGCUUUGGUAUGGUUUAAUAUUUAUUGAUUAGGAGAACUUGAUAAAGAGAAUCUUCCUCCUUAUUCUUUGAAUGUCAGAUGUCCUGAGUGUGCAGGUAUGAUUUAAACAAAGUUAACUUAUAUUCCUGGAUGUCUUUCUUUUAGUUUAUGUUUAACAAUGUGUGCUUUUGGGUUAUUUUGUGGGUAUUAUUUGAAUGAUUGUUUUAAUUAUUAGUUGUUGUUUAAUACCAUUUUGUAUAAAUUGUUGUAAAAAAUAAGUACAUCAAUGUCCAUUAUGUGAAAAGGUUUUAGGAGAAGUGAAGUGAC